UCACACUUCCCCACCAUUAAUAAAUGAAAUUCUCGAUAAUCUCGUUGCCCCUGAUACUUUCAAUAUUGAGCCGAUUUGUGCUUAACCAGAGAAAUGUUUCUUCGUAGAAAGCAUACACCGAAGGAUGAUUCCGAGCAACGAGAUGCGAAGGUCAGUGAACUCAGGACUACAAUAGGUCCCCUCUCUGGACGCAGUUCAAUGUACUGUACCGAUGCAUGCCUCAGGAGAUAUUUAGAAGCUCGGAAUUGGAAUGUUUAUAAGGCAAAGAAAAUGUUGGAAGAGACGUUAAAAUGGAGAUCAACUUAUAAGCCUGAUGAAAUCCGUUGGCAUGAAGUGGCACUCGAAGGUGAGACCGGAAAAGUUUCCCGGGCGAAUUUCCAUGACCGUCAAGGAAGAACAGUGCUUAUAAUGAGGCCUGGAAUGCAGAACACAACAUCAGCAGAAAAUAAUAUCCGCCAUUUGGUCUAUCUCUUAGAAAAUGCCAUCCUUAAUCUCUCAGAGGGCCAAGAUCAAAUGUCAUGGUUGAUAGAUUUCACAGGGUUUUCAUUGAGCACUAGUGUUCCCAUCCGAACAGCCCGGGACAUCAUUUACAUUCUUCAAAGUCACUACCCAGAGAGGCUGGCGAUCGCUUUCUUGUAUAAUCCACCAAGGUUUUUUGAAGCAUUCUAUAAGGCUGUCAAGCUGUUUCUGGAUCCAAAAACAGCUCAGAAGGUGAAGUUUGUUUACCCUAAAAACAAUGACAGCGUCGAGCUCAUGCGAUCAUACUUUGAUGUUGAGAACCUUCCUGGUGAAUUUGGCGGGAAAGCGACGUUGAAGUAUGACCAUGAAGAGUUCUCACGACUGAUGGCUCAAGAUGAUGUAAAAACAGCUAAAUUCUGGGGAACUGAUGAGAAACACCACCAAAUCGGCAACGCACAUUCGGGUACUAGGACUUAAAAAGUUCCUUUUGCAUCUUUAACAUUGUUUUGAUUUGGGUACUAGGACCGAGUAAAAGAACCGAAAAUCGAUCCGAAUCGUAGUGUUCGAACAAGUUAUGGUUUACAAAUUUAAAAUUCAUAGUUAUCGGAUCGAACUUAUUUUUUUAUUUAAUUUAUAAUUUAAUUAAUGGUCUAAUAGACUGUUCUUCUGUUAA